UUGGGUGUUCCUUAGUGGAUUGGGAUUCCUUGUCCUAAUCGGAGUCGUCUCAGAUUUCCCAAAAAUCGCAGCCUAUAAAACUCCUUUUCAUUUUUCUAUUCUCUCCAUAAUCACAAAUCAAUCCCUUUGAAUUUUCCAUCAAUCUCUCUUCUUUCAGAUUUCCUCUACUAUUACCACCACUACUCUCUCUCUCUACCCAUGAAUGCUCUUCAAGCUACCAACAGAAAUUUCCGCCAUGCUGCUCGGAUUCUCGGCUUAGACUCCAAACUCGAGAAGAGUCUUCUCAUUCCCUUCCGUGAGAUCAAGGUUGAGUGUACGAUUCCCAAAGACGAUGGAAGCUUGGUGUCUUACGUUGGGUUCAGAGUACAACAUGACAAUGCUCGUGGCCCUAUGAAAGGAGGGAUCAGAUACCAUCCUGAGGUUGAUCCUGAUGAAGUUAAUGCUUUGGCUCAAUUAAUGACCUGGAAAACUGCUGUUGCUGAUAUCCCAUAUGGUGGUGCAAAGGGUGGCAUUGGCUGCAACCCAAGGGAGUUAAGCAAUAGCGAGCUCGAGCGUUUGACUCGUGUCUUUACACAAAAAAUUCAUGAUCUCAUUGGAAUUCAUACUGAUGUACCAGCUCCAGAUAUGGGCACCAAUGCACAGACUAUGGCAUGGAUUUUGGAUGAAUACUCAAAAUUUCACGGUCAUUCCCCGGCCGUUGUCACUGGGAAGCCCAUAGAUUUGGGUGGAUCACUUGGUAGAGAAGCUGCAACCGGGCGUGGUGUUGUUUUCGCAACAGAGGCAUUACUUGCCGAGCAUGGAAAACAGAUCAAGAACAUGACAUUUGCAAUUCAGGGGUUUGGAAAUGUGGGAUAUUGGGCAUCAAAACUUAUUCAUGAGAAAGGUGGAAAGGUUGUUGCUGUAAGUGAUAUCACUGGUGCCGUAACGAAUCCAAAUGGUAUCGACAUUCAAGAACUUUACAAGCAUAAAGAAAGUACUGGAAGCCUUGUGAACUUUCAAGGUGCAGACGAUAUGGAUCCAAAUGAGCUACUUGUACACGAUUGCGAUGUUCUUAUCCCUUGUGCCUUAGGUGGAGUUCUAAACAGGGAAAAUGCUGGUUCAGUGAAAGCCAAGUUCAUAAUUGAGGCAGCAAAUCACCCCACAGAUCCAGAGGCAGAUGAGAUUCUAUCUAAGAAGGGAGUCGUAAUUCUACCCGAUAUAUAUGCGAAUGCUGGUGGAGUCACCGUGAGCUACUUCGAGUGGGUUCAGAACAUUCAAGGUUUCAUGUGGGAUGAAGACAAAGUAAACACUGAACUUCAAAGGUACAUGACUAGAGCAUUUCAUAACAUAAAGAACAUGUGCAAGACCCACGAUUGCAACCUUCGGAUGGGCGCUUUCACGUUGGGUGUAAACCGUGUGGCACGCGCCACACUUCUCAGAGGUUGGGAAGCUUAAUUUAUAGAUUUUGAUGAUUUUCCAUAUCAAAGAGAAUCUUAUUAAUAUCACCAUGGAAGAAAGCAAUUCAAGAUGGAAUUUUAACUCUUAUUUAGCAUUUUGUUCUAUUUGAUUUUCUUCAACUUAUGAAAGCAGCAUACAUAGGAGGAUGGAUUUGCAUAAGUUGUUGAAACUUCGAUUGUAGUGUGUACAAUGUCUCAAUUCUAUAGUUGUUACAUUAUUAUUAUUCUAGCAAUGAAAAUUUAAUAAUUCUCAUUA